AUGACCACGUCUACCUCGGCGUCUACCUCUAAUGACACCUUCCACCUGUUCCCCUACCUCCCCUGGGAGCUCCGCGCCUGCAUCUGGCAACUGACUGUCUCGCCACGCACCAUACCCCUCAAGACCGCACACCACUCCCUCCCACCAUGCGCAUUCUCCGUCGACAUCAGACGCCGCCUUAACGGGUACUACGACAGGUUCCCGGAACGGUCAAUAUCCAUAAGGCUACUUCACACAUCUAGUCCCAUCUCAGCAGCGCUCCAUGCCUGUCAAGAAGCCCGCAAUUACCUAACUCAUCCCGCAUGCGGCGCGAACGGGUACGGAUACUACGAGAAGAUGUCCUCAUCCAACCUCGCGAACAGGCAGCAACUGUGGUUAUGGGAAGAGAAGAUCCCUUCCCCCUACAUCUGGGUGAACUUUGAGGUCGACAUGAUCGAUAUAGGCGUUACACGUUUUGGUCUAUCUGGAGAGUCAACCUACGCUUCCAAGUUCAGAAGGGUUAAGUUUAAACCCAUGGGGGCGUUUGCGGCGUUUGAGUGUCUGACGCCGGAUCCUUGGCUGGGUGAGUACACUAGCCAUACGAGCUUCCCGCAUGUGAAGGAAGCGGAGGUAGAGUUACCUAGACAUGCCUCUAUCGCCGAAUGGGCCGAUUAUCUGCCAUGGGAUCAGGUGGAAGACUUAUUUUGCGGAUUGAAGGAUAUUGUCUUUACAGAUCCCUCAGGGAAGAGGAUGACACUUGCGGAGAUCAUUAAGACAUUUCCAGAGGGUCGCCCACCCGGGUAUGCUCUUGAGAACUAA